AUGACCACGUCCACUGGUGGUGGAUGGGCUCAGCUCCGACAGCAGGCAAGAUCGCUCGAGACUCAGACCGAAAGCCUUUUUCAUACAUACUCGCAAUAUGCAUCCAUGUCACAGCUCCCCGCGAAACCGUCGGAAGAACAGCUAAGAGUCGAGGACCAACUCCGGGAACUCCUCGAAAAGCGUGAAUCUCUGAUCAACCAACUCACCCGCCUGCUUGACUCGGAAGCAAGUCUUACCUCCUCCGGACUCAAACAAAACUAUCUGGUGCGCCAUCGCGAAGUGCUCGUGGAACAUCGCCGGGAACUGCAGCGUCUCUCUUCGAGUAUAUCCGAAGCCCGCGAUCGGGCAAAUCUUCUUUCGAAUGUUCGCUCCGACAUCGACGCUUACCGAUCUUCCAACCCGCAUGCUGCAGAGGCCGAAUACAUGCUUGAGGAACGAGGGCGUAUCGACAACAGUCACAAUAUGAUGGAUAGGGUUCUGUCCCAGGCAUACGCUGUCAAUGAAAACUUUGGCCUGCAAGGUGAAACCCUAGCCAGCAUCAACCGGCGCAUUGUCGGCGCGGCCGGACAGAUUCCAGGCAUGAACUCGUUGAUCGGCAAAAUCGGCGCCAAACGGAGGCGAGAUGGCAUUAUCCUUGGUGUUUUCAUUGGGUUUUGCUGUCUCAUGCUUUUCAUAUUCAGCUAA